AUGUCUGGACGCUCUCCCACCUCUGCUCUGACCACUGACCUCCCCGGCCACCUUCUACAGGAAGCCUUCCCGGAUUCUAGCGUCUUUCCUGCAACCACGCCUGCCCCUCCCAAUCUCCUGCGGUCGUCGGCGCGGAGCGAUGGCGUUUCCGUGACGUCAUCGCCGCGCGCUGCCCGGACACCGGCUGGGAGCGCGCCGGCCGCGGCCACUGGGCGCGCGUGGGCUGCGCGGCGGGGCCCUCGUCGGCCACCCACGGAGGCCCGGAGCCGCACCCCCGAGGGAGGCCGUGUAGGGGACCCCUCGCUGGGCUUAACCGUCCUCGUUCUAGUCAUAUGCGACCCUCACGACCACCCUGGGAGGGUCACCAUGAUGACAUCCAAGCCAAAGAGAAUUAAGUUUUCUGAGGAAGAGAAGAUUGUGAUCUUGGAAGAGUUCAGCCUGCGGAAGGACAUCCUGAUCCCCAAGACUGGCCGCUACCGCAACACCACGGACCGGCAGCAAGCCUGGGAGGAGAUCACGAUGGCCGUGAACUCGCUGAACCCCCUUGUGCAGCGCACACCCGAAGAGGUCCGCAAAAAGUGGAAGAACAUGAUCCUUGACGCCCGCAAGGAGCUGGCCACCACGAAGCACCCCCUCCUCCGGCGGCGCCCCCAGGAGCGCCUCUUCCAUAACAUCUUUGCCCUCUUCAACAAGACAGGCUCUGAGCUCCCCGAGCCGCUGUACGGGGCGGGCCCCGGCUUUCGGACUAAAGGUCCCGCUAGCCCCUCAGGGCCUGCCUGCAAGGUGGAAGGCUUCCUGGACCCCGUCGUCCCCAACUUGGUGCUCCGGCCCCAGGGCGGUGGGAUCGAGCCCAGCCAGGAGAGGGAGGGUCUCUGUCAGAUUGAGAUGGGCAGAAAACUAGACUCUUGGCCUGAGGUCACAGGCAGGAGCCUCCUCCCACCCCCUGUGGAGGUUCAGGCCCGAUUCAAGGAGGACAGUCUAACUGAAGAUGCCUCCGACUAUGGGGAGAAGAGGCUGUUAGAUCCGCUGAAAGACUUGCCUUUGCACUGUGAGCCCGUGCCCCAGGUGCAUCCCGCCGCUGCCGGCGGGGCAGUGUCACCAGAGGGCCCAUCCGGGGACAUGCCCCACCUCUGCGCAAUGCCAGUGCCGGCAAGCCCGUCCCCAGACCCGGCUCUGACUUAUAAGAUUAAAUGCCCCGUCAGUCCUUUGCUAGACUGGCCCUGUUUGGGAGUGAGCUCGAGCCCCGUCACGCCCAGCGGCCGCAUGGACACUCUGAGCACGGAAGGGAUCCACACAGCCAUAAACGACAACGUGAGCGCCUCGGUGGUGACUGCGGAAGAGGAUUUGCUGCCAGGCCCCCGGCCCAGCGAGGAGGGGCUCCCAGAGAAGGAUACCGGGGAAUUGGCCAAGCAGAGCCGCCUCCAGACAGAGAUACUGGAGCUGCAAAAGGAGACACUGCAGCUGCAGAAAGAGAAGAUUCUCCUGGAAAAGGAGAAACUGGUCCUGGAGAUCGUCAAGCUGAGGCGGGAGCUGGGCACCUGAGCUGCCUGACCCUGCCUGCCUGCCUGCUGCCCACAGACAAACUCCUGAGGAGAAGAUCCUGGAGCCCGCCGCCUGCCCGUGCCCAGAGAGGCCUUCUCCUUCACAGGGCCCAUCUGGGCCCGCCCAGGCGAAGCCUCUGCCUCCUCCUCCUCCUCCUCCUCUGCUGUCACUCAGCAGUUACCGCCCUCUGGGGCAGGGGGGCAGGCUCCCUGUGGCUUGCUUCUGGGAAGAAGCCCCAGGAGUCCUGUUUGAGUUGGGCUGGGAAGGGUGUUAGAGGCUCCCAGCCCAGACUUUGCCCCACGGAGCUCCGCCUGGGCUGUGUGGGGUCAGAAAGCUGAAGCAAGAGCUCAGAGCCCCUUAGCAGGUGCCAGGGGGUGGGGAUGAGCGCAUGCCAGCACUCUGCCCCAGCUCAGGAGGUCCAGCGUUCAGGCCAGGCCUCCAGUGGCUGUAGGUCAAGUCGACAAGGACAUAUUUCUCAGAACCCUGUCUGUGUGCUAAGGGGACGGGCUGAUGGAUCCCUGUGCCAGGAGUCUGGGCCUCUUGGUGCUGCUGUCAGAGAAGUAAAAGCAUCCAGGUUUCCUCA